AUGAGGUGGAUUCCCAAAGAAGAUGUAUUCAUCUAUUCCUUUAGUACACGAGACGAUCUUCAACACAUUUUGGAUCGCAACCAUAUUCCUACCAAACGCGAAGAGCUGUGGGCCGCGGGAAUAGGAUGGGACCAGCAAAUUCCGCAAGAUCUCAAUGAGCGCUGGCAGCACUGGGUGAAAUUACUGCAACAGCUCGACCUGCUGCGCAUACCGCGCUGUUAUUUUCGUUCGUCGACGAAACGUUCCAAUCUGCAACUUCACCUUUUCGUUGACUCAAGCGAAAGCGCGUACGCUUGUGCGGUAUACUUCCGUUUGGAAUCCGAGUGUGGUGCAGAGGUGGCGCUUGGAGCAGCUAAAACCAAGGUAGCGCCGCUCAAGACACUAUCAAUACCUCGACUCGAGCUCAGAGCAGCGGUCCUGGGCGUCCGCCUAAUGGAAACUAUCCAGAAACAUCACACCUUUACAGUCAGUCAACGCUACUGCUGGAGCGACGCGAGUACGGUACUCGUAUGGAUUCGCUCUACUGACCAUCGGCGCUACCAUAAAUACAUCGCAGUUCGAGUUGGGGAGAUCCUAUCUUCGACACACCAAUCGGAGUGGCGGUGGGUACCAAGUAAGCAGAAUGUGGCCGAUCUAGCCACCAAGUGGAAUAAAUUACCACAUGUGACAGCAGAAAAUCCCUGGUUCCGAGGACCAGCAUUCCUGUACGAACCUGAAGAGCGGUGGCCUAAGCAGCGAAUAGUUGUUCCGACUGAGGAAGAACUUCGUCCUACCAACUUUCUCGCAGUACAUUUAGCGCCGAAUAUGGUAUUCGAAAGGUUCAAUCGCUGGACUAAAAUGCAUCGCGUGGCCGCAUAUGUUUUUCGUGGCAUUGAUAAUUUUCGUCGGCGUUUAAUGAAACAGGAUUUGCAACUCGGUAAUCUCACCAGCGACGAGCUCCGGCGAGCCGAAGAGGCGCAAAUCAAAACAGCUCAAAAUGAAUUUUAUGCAGAGGAAAUCGCUAUACUUAUCAAGUCGCAAGGAUCACCUGAAAAUCGCCACGCCACCGUGGACAAAUGCAGCUCAAUCUACACUUUGUGUCCCUUUCUGGACGAGAAGAGCAUUUUGCGUAGUCGUGGUCGAAUCGAUGCUGCACCGUAUGCGUCGAUCGAAGCUAAGUUUCCAGCCAUCCUGCCUAAUCAACACCUAAUCACUUUCCUUAUUGUAGACUGGUAUCAUCGCCGUUUCCGUCACGCCAACCGAGAAACUGUCUUCAACGAAAUUCGCCAACGAUUCCAGAUAUCCGCACUGAGACGACUGUUGGACAAAAUUGAACGCGCGUGUGUCGUCUGUCGUCUAGCGAAGGCAACCCCGAAACCACCAGCGAUGGCUCCACUGCCCGAGAUGCGCUUGACAGCAUUUAUUCAACCCUUCACAUUCACCGGGUUGGAUUACUUCGGGCCAGUGCUCGUGAAAUCAGGUCGAAGCAACGUGAAGCGCUGGGUGGCGCUGUUCACCUGCCUCACGAUUAGAGCAGUGCACCUAGAGGUGGUGCAUUCAUUAAGCACGGAUUCUAGCAUUAUGGCUGUGCAACGUUUCGUGGCACGCAGAGGUCUACCGAGAGAAUUCUGGACAGACAAUGCCACAUGUUUCCAAGGUACUAGCAAUGUGCUUAAGGCACAAAUAGAGGCAAGAAACAAAGCUCUGUCCAGUAAGUUCACGACCUCGCAAACGGCAUGGAAAUUCAUCCCCCCAUCAGCCCCGCACAUGGGAGGUGCGUGGGAGCGACUAGUCCGAUCGGUGAAGGUAGCUAUCGGAGCAGCCCUAAAUGGGCCGCGCAAACCUGACGACGAAACCCUGGAGACCAUUCUUUUGGAAGGCGAGGUCUUGAUCAACUCCAGACCUCUUACAUUUAUUCCGUUGGAGUCUGCCGAUCGAGAGGCAUUAACGCCCAACCAUUUUUUGCUAGGCAAUUCUUCUGGAGAAAAAUUUAUACCCACUGAACAGAUGAACAUUCACUUAACGCUCCGUAAUAGUUGGAAAUUGGCAAGAUAUAUUACUGAUGAUUUCUGGCGCAGGUGGCUUAAAGAGUACCUUCCUGUGAUCACACGGAGAAGCAAGUGGUUCAAGGACGUGAAGGACUUAGCGGUUGGCGACUUAGUGUUGGUGGUUGACGGAAAGGCGAGGAACCAGUGGCUACGUGGAAGAAUCGAACGUAUAAUACCCGGACGAGACGGCAGAGUGCGGCAGGCGUUAGUGUGGACUUCAACGGGGAUUCUGCGUAGACCAGCCGUGAAAUUGGCUGUACUGGACGUCGAGACGAAUAGUAAACCAGGAUUCGGUGCUUCACAGGUUUCGGACACUCACCAAGGUUUACGGGUGGGGGUAUGUAACGACGGGACCCCUCAUCGUAGUAACGCUACUGAUAACAGUGCAGAUGUCAAAAGUGAUAACGUCGCCGAGUGA